UCACUUUUGUUUUUCCGCUCCCUGCAGAGUUAGGCUUGCUGAGGGGCAGGCACAGGAGUGAGUCCUGGCUGAGCUCAUGGCCUGAGGCUGCCGAGCGGCAGCAGGGAGCGGGUGCAAUGGCGGAGGCAGAGGCAGGGGUGGCAGUGGAGGUCCGUGGACUGCCUCCUGCCGUGCCCGACGAGCUGCUCACACUCUACUUUGAAAACCGCCGACGCUCUGGAGGGGGACCUGUGUUGAGCUGGCAGAGACUGGGCAGCGGGGGCAUCCUCACCUUCAGAGAGCCUGCAGACGCCGAGAGGGUCUUGGCCCAGGCAGAUCACAAACUACAUGGUGCCCAGCUGAGCCUGCGGCCAGCUCCACCACGAGCCCCUGCACGCCUGCUGCUCCAAGGACUGCCCCCUGGCACCACACCCCAGCGUCUGGAGCAGCAUGUCCAGGCCCUGCUGCGUGCCUCGGAGCUCCCAGUACAGCCCUGCUGUGCCUUGGCCAGCCCCCGGCCAGACCGGGCUCUGGUCCAGUUGCCCAAGCCCCUUUCUGAGGCAGACGUCCGUGUCCUGGAGGAGCAGGCCCAGAAUCUGGGCCUGGAGGGGUCCUCGGUGUCCCUGGCCCGGGUGCCCCAGGCCCGAGCGGUGCGUGUGGUGGGGGACAGCGCCUCUGUGGACCUGCUGCUGCUGGAGCUGUACCUGGAGAAUGAGCGCCGCAGUGGUGGGGGGCCCCUGGAGGACCUGCGAUGCCUGCCCGGGCCCCUGGGAACUGUUGCCUCCUUCCAGCAGUGGCAAGUGGCAGAACGAGUGUUGCAGCAGGAGCACCAGCUGCAGGGCUCAGAGCUGAGCCUUGUUCCCCACUACGACGUCCUGGAGCCUGAGGAGCUGGCUGAGAACACAAGUGAAGGGGACCACCCAUCCACCCUGGGGCCUACGGCUACCAAGCAUGCUAUCCUGAGGACUGGAGGGCUGGUGACAGCUCUGCAGGGUGCAGGGACUGUGACAACGGGCUCUGACGAGGAACCAGGGCAGUUAGGGUCCUCUCUGAAGACAGGUCCCAUGGUGCAGGGUAUAGGGACUAUGACAACGGGCUCUGGCGAGGAACCAGGGCAGUCAGAGGCCUCUCUGAGGACAGGUCCCAUGGUGCAGGGUGCAGGGACUGUGACAACGGGCUCUGGCGAGGAGCCAGGGCAGUCAGAGGCCUCUCUGAGGACAGGCCCCAUGGGGUCUCUGGGACAGGCAGAACCUGUCGGCUCAAUGCCCAUGGGGUCUCUCGAACAUGAGGGGCUGGUAAGCCUGAGGCCUGUGGGGUUGCAGGAACAGGAGGGACCCAUGAGUGUGGGGCCUGUGGGGUCUACAGGCCCAGUGGAGAUCUCUAAGGGGUUGCCGGGGCAAGAGGGCCUGGUGGAAAUUGCCAUGGACUCACCAGGACAAGAAGGGCUGGUGGGUCCCAUGGAGAUCGCCAUGGGGUCUCUGGAGAAGGCAGGGCCUGUGAGCCCAGGACAUGUGAAGCUGGCGGAGCAGGAGGACCUGGCGGAGAUGGUGCUGUUGAUGGAGCCUGGGGCGAUGCGCUUCCUGCAGCUCUAUCAUGAGGACCUUCUUGCGGGCCUGGGAGACAUUGCUCUCUUCCCACUUGAAGGACCGGAUGUGACUGGCUUUCGGCUCUGUGGAGGCCAGACUUCCUGCCAGGCGGCCGAGGAGUUUCUGCGGAGCCUGCUGGGCAGCAUUAGCUGCCAUGUGUUGCGCCUGGAGCACCCGGGCAGCGCCAGGUUUCUCCUGGGCCCAGAAGGGCAGCGCCUUCUCCAGGGGCUGGAGGCUCAGUUCCAGUGUGUCUUUGGGACAGAGCGCCUGGCCACAGCCACCUUGGAUACAGGCCUUGAAGAGGUGGACCCUACCGAGGCCCUCCCAGUGCUCCCUGGUGAUGCCCACACCCUGUGGCCCCCAGACAGUACAAGUAGUGACCAGGAGGACGUGAGCCUGGAGGAGGUCCGAGAACUGCUGGCCACCCUGAAGGGCCUAGACCUAGACGGGGAGGACUGGCUGCCUCUGGAGCUGGAGGAGGAAGGGCCUCAGGAGCAGCCAGAGGAGGAGGCGACCCCAGGGCAUGAGGAGGAGGAGCCUGUGGCCCCCAGCAUCCUGGCACCCAGGUGGCUGGAGGAGGAGGCCGCUCUGCAGCUGGCCCUCCACCGGUCGCUGGAGCCUCAAGGUCAGGUGGCUGAGCAGGAGGAGUCUGCGGCCCUGCGCCAAGCCCUAGCCCUCUCCCUGCUGGAGCAGCCCCCGUUGGAGGCAGAAGAGCCCCCAGAUGGGGGGACUGAUGGCAAGGCCCAGCUGGUGGUGCACUUGACAUUUGAGCAGGAUGUGGAGGAGCUGGACCGGGCACUUAGGGCUGCCUUGGAGGUCCACCUCCAGGAGGAGACGGUGGGGCCCUGGCGCCGCACACUGCCUGCAGAGCUGCGUGCUCGCCUGGAGCGGUGCCAUGGUGUGAGUGUUGCCCUGCGUGGUGACUGCACCAUCAUCCGUGGCUUUGGGGCCCACCCUGCCCGUGCUGCCCGCCACUUGGUGGCACUUCUGGCUGGCCCCUGGGAUCAGCGUUUGGCCUUUCCCUUGGCAGCUUCAGGCCCUACCUUGGCGGAGCAGACGCUGAAGGGGCCCUGGAACAAGCUGGAGCAUCUUGCAGAGAGCACUGGGGAAUUCCGAGAGGUGGUGCAGGCCUUCUACGACACCCUGGACACUGCCCACAGCAGCAUCCGCAUCGUUCGCGUGGAGCGGGUGUCCCACCCGCUGCUGCAGCAGCAGUAUGAGCUGUACCGGGAGCGCCUGCUGCAGCGAUGCGAGCGGCGCCCGGUGGAGCAGGUGCUGUACCAUGGCACGACAGCGCCGGCAGUGCCUGACAUCUGCGCCCACGGCUUCAACCGCAGCUUCUGCGGCCGCAACGCCACGGUCUACGGGAAGGGCGUGUAUUUCGCCAGGCGCGCCUCCCUGUCGGUGCAGGACCGCUACUCGCCCCCCAACGCCGAUGGCCACAAGGCGGUGUUCGUGGCACGAGUGCUGACUGGCGACUACGGGCAGGGCCGCCGCGGUCUGCGGGCGCCCCCUCUGCGGGGCCCAGGCCACGUGCUCCUGCGCUACGACAGCGCGGUGGACUGCAUCUGCCAGCCCAGCAUCUUCGUCAUCUUCCACGACACCCAGGCGCUGCCCACCCACCUCAUCACCUGCGAGCACAUGCCCCGGGCUUCCCCCGACGACCCCUCUGGGCUCCGGGGCCGCUCCCCAGACACUUAACCGAAGGGGCCACCCUCUGGCCUCCUGCUUCCCAGGCUCCCGGCUCCGCACAGCCUGAGGCCCCCCCGCCCCCAACUGUGGCCGCCUGAGCUGCGGGAUCCAGAAGGCGGUGUGGAGUUGGGGGUCAGCAGCGGCCGAGGGGGGCUGGGCUGGGUCCCCGCCUGGGCCGACCCUACCACCAGGGGUCAGCAGAGCCCAGGAGGCGACGCCGCCCGCCCUCGGCGCCCAGACCUCGCCUGAAUCGGUCUGUUGUUUGAAUAAACGUGAACGUGAACCCAAGCGGAAGGGCCCCGGGAACUC